UUUCAUUUAGUGGUCCUUCCAUCUACUGUUGCUUCUUGUUUCUUCAAAACCCUAAUAAUCAAUAAAGAAUCCCUCACCUCACCACACCAGUACUCCUUUUCUUUCUUUUUGAUCUCUUCUCUUCUUCUUUUUUCUUUGAGAACUCAACAGAAGGAAAAGAAGAGAGAAAAGAUGGGUAGAGGUAAGAUUGAGAUCAAGAGGAUUGAGAACUCAACAAACAGACAAGUGACUUACUCAAAGAGGAAAAAUGGGAUCUUGAAGAAGGCUAGAGAGAUCACAGUUCUUUGUGAUGCCGAUGUUUCUCUUGUUAUCUUCUCUAGUACUGGGAAAAUGAAUGAAUAUUGUAGCUCUCCGUUGAUAAAGCAAUUGGAUAGGUACCAGAAAGCUUCAGGGAACAAAUUAUGGGAUGCUAAGCAUGAGUAUCUCAGUGCUGAAGUGGAUAGAGUCAAGAAAGAGAACGACAACAUGCAGAUCGAGCUCAGGCACCUGAAAGGCGAGGAUCUGACCCCCUUGAACCCAAGAGAGCUAAUACCAAUUGAAGCUGCCCUUGAGGAUGGUCUUGUUGGCGUUAAGGCCAAAAUUAAGGAGCACCGUAGAGCACUUGAGAAAAAAACUAGGAUGUUAGAGGAGGAAAAUAAGCGCCUCAUUGCCAAACUACAACAAGUGGAAAUUCAUGGAAGAGGGGAGAUGGACACUGGGGCAAAUAACGGGUAUAAUAAUCAGAAAGCAGCAGAUGGAACCAGGGAUUACCCGUCUCAUAACGAUAAUCAUCAUCAGGUGCCAUUUGCCUUCCAGAUGCAGCCAAUUCAGUCUAAUCUCACCACGGCCACCACCAACAACAACAACAACAAAUACCAGCUACUAGAUUAAGUUGGCUGCAUUUAUAUAUGUAUGAUCUGGAAAAACCAUAAUACCUUCUACUCUAUCGUUUCUUCAUGUUCUAUGAUAAGUAUAUUUCAUGCCUACAGCCCUUUGAUAAAGGGGUUGUACUAGAUCAUGAUCAUAGCUGCUACUAUAACUACUUCUGAAUAAUAACUAAAUGUUAAUUAGCUGCAACUUAAUAUUACAUUGUGUUAUGACCUAA